AUGCUUACCUGUCUCGCAGCUGAAUGCACAGCUACCUAUUCCCUCGCCAAAUAUACUGCUCUCCAAGAGCACAUUGAAAAGUACACCCACGGUCGCUCAAGUCUCCACCAGCAUGACAUAUUAGUUGCCGAAGCUAUGACCAUCUGUUUCUGCGUCUUCGUCGCAACACUGUUUGGAGCGGACUUCUUCUUCCUACUCUUUUGGCCACGGAGGUUGUAUCCAAUGUGGUACAACUUUACGAAGAAGGCGUUGGCGGUGGCAAUCACAGCGGGUGUCUUUGCGUCCGCAGUGCUUUCCAACGUGGUAGUUGCAAGGCAUACAGCCUUCGUCGUGCGCGCCACUCCCGAAGAGGCCAAGGCACUCACCGAUAUUUUCUUCAGGCCUCCACUCAAAUACUACAAGUGGCCGACGAAUAUUGCGUAUGUUGUACAACUUUGGGUCGGUUUCAUCUUCACGGCAGCAAGCACCGUCCUGCUUUUCGUGGCCGCCGACCACGAUGAGACGUAUGGUAUCGAGCCUAAGCCUGCGACGAUGAUAGCGGUCGAGAAUCCAAGUCCGGAGUCAAGAUCACGGUUGAGGGCUUGA